GCGCUUUCUAUUUGAACUCGGCGUGAGUGCGCUCACAUCAGUCCCCGAACUGAGCUGGGCGCCAGUAGUAGUGAUGGCGUUUGCAACGUGAUAAAUCUGCUGGACUUGAACGAAAACAUCUCGGACGAGUAGAUUUGAUUUUCGCUGCUCAAGUGAUCGCCAACAACAUGAAGUUUCUGUUUGUUGUUGGACCUUUAGUGUACUUGGUAGCGGCUUAUUUGGCGUUCCCGACGGGCAACUCGACAGUUAUUGACAGCCGGGCAAUUCAUUUUACUCGAUCCAGUCGCUCUUAUUUCCCUUACCAGCUUAGGGGACACUAUUACAGACAGGAAUUACAUCCCAGACGAGUUUACAGAUAUCCGAAUUAUUUUCACGAUGAUGGAUAUCCAUCACUUGACUCUUGGCCGCCACCAGUCCGGUCUCAUUACGAAAUGUGGGACCAUCCAUCGCGGGUCAUCGUCAAUUACGGCCAUCGCCGUCCCGUUUCCAGCCGUGAACAAUCCAAAAGUAAAGGCGAAUGGUCGAGGAUACUGUCGUCCAUGGGUCAAACGGGUCUGGUGGCUUUGAAGAAGAGCAGCGUCGCCGGAUUGCGCAUUAAUUAUCCGCUAAUAAGACACGACGACGACGACAAAUUGGAGCGCCAAGAUUUGAAUUCGUUCAAUUUAGGCGGAAUAGCCGAAGCCAGAAGGCCCGUCUGGCCGUCGGCUACUAACCAAACUAAAAGAAGAAGAAAACCCAAUUCGAAAAAUCGCAAACCUUCCGGUAUCGUUCGGGAUGAAGACGAUGAGGAGGAUCAUCAUCAGCAGCAUUAUUAUCACAAAAAGAAACAAUCCAGUGGCUCUGGGUUGCCGUGGUUCUUCAACUUAAUGGGGCCACCAGGGCCUCCGGGGAAAGACGGACGAGAUGGAAUGCCAGGCACGCUAGGACCGCCUGGCGUGCAAGGGCCCCAAGGAUUGCAAGGUGUUCAGGGUUCUUCCGGCGUUCAGGGCGUUCAGGGGCCGCCAGGAGUACAAGGAUCACAAGGCCCGCCGGGUGUUCCCGGCGUUUCAGGGAGAGACGGAACUAAUGGAAAAGACGGUCGAGAUGGAGUCGAAGGCAAGGAUGGCAAAGAUGGACAAGACGGAGCUCCCGGCCUGACAGGAUUGUCUGGAACAAAUGGGCAGGAUGGAAAAGAUGGGCGAGACGGGCAAGAUGGAGCUCAAGGUCCGCCGGGAUCGCCGGGCGAAAACGGCAAGGACGGCCAGGAUGGCAGAGAUGGCCAAAACGGAAAGGAUGGACAGGACGGAGCUCCGGGACCGCCAGGGCCACCGGGGCAAGACGGAAAGGACGGCAGUGACGGCACAGCCGGCCAAUUCGGCCAAGAUGGUACGGAUGGACAAGAAGGCCAAGAUGGACAAACAGGAGCUCAAGGUCCUGUUGGGCCAAGUGGCACGCCCGGCCAAGACGGAACGGACGGAAAAGGCGGAGAUCCGGGACUUCACGGCCUACAUGGAACGGCCGGCGAUAACGGAGAUCCAGGCACUCCUGGAUUACCUGGCGAGUCUGGCGAGCCCGGAAUUCCAGGAGCGGUUGGUCCGGAAGGAACUCCUGGCACUGGAGGAACGCCAGGCACAGGAGGUACCCCUGGCAGUCCGGGAUCACCGGGAUCGCCCGGUAGUCCAGGUUUGCCGGGUGUGAAUGGAAUACCGGGAGAGGCCGGGCCGGCAGGUCAAAAUGGAAUUCCCGGAAGUCCAGGAGUGCCCGGAGUUCCUGGAAUUGGUUAAAUUUAGUCCGCACCAUUUGUUGCUAAUUGCUUGAAUAGGCCUAAACUAUUAUAUUGUUAAUUUAUAUUUCUUCUCCAAAAGAGAUACCAACAACUUGUACCAGUUAUUAUUAGAAAUUUAUCAAAAAUACAUUUGGCAAUGAAGAUGGA